AUGAAGGCCCUCACCGGCGACAGCAACGCCUCCGCGCCGCUUCUGCUGGCGACUAAGAUCAGCAUCCCCGCCUCCUCCACGGGCGGGGCCGCGGAGGCCGCGCUCCUCGGGAAGGGGCGGUACAAGGUGUGGGCCCUGGCCGCCAUCGCGCUCCUCGCGCUCUGGUCCAUGUCGGCCGCCUCCGUCUCCCUCCGCUGGUCAGCCGGCGACCUAGCAGCCGCUGUCUCAGGGGACCUCGACGCGCCACUCCGUGACGAUCUCGAUUCCCUCGAGAUGGAGGAAAGGGAGAAAUUAGUUGGUCGGAUGUGGGACAUGUACACACGCACCAGCGAUGAGGUACGCCUUCCACGGUUCUGGCAGGAAGCAUUCGAGGCUGCAUAUGAGGAGCUUGCUGGUGAUGAUAUGCAGGUCUGCGACACGGCCAUCUCUGAGAUUGCUCGAAUGUCAGCCCACAGACUUGAGCUUGAGCAGCCUGUGAAUGCGAACGAGGCGACAUGUUCAACAGUUAGGUGUGGCGGAGAUGCGUAUGUUGAGAUGGAUGUGUGGCCACACGAGGAAGGAUCGAGUCCGGAAUGA